AUGGACUUUCUUCGCAAACGCCUGCCGGCACCAAGGCAGGAUCAACUUGCUCGACAAUCACGUCGCCAAGGCGGUGACGGCGUGUCCCCCGCCGAUACUUACGAGCCAUCGCGUAUCGCAAAGCUUGCUCAGGAGGCUCCUGUUUGGUACAAGUCGGCAGCUCGACGACGCCUCUACUUCCUUCUCUUCCCGGCGGCGGUUGUUUCAUACGCGACUUCGGGCUACGAUGGAUCCAUGAUGAAUUCCCUCCAAACUGUUUCAUACUGGGACGACUUCUUCGACAACCCCAGAGGUGCUUCUCUUGGACUCAUGAGUGCCAUCAUGUCCCUUGGUAGUAUUUGCUCUACACCCAUUGCACCCUGGGUUGCUGACCGAUUUGGUCGUCGCUGGGGUAUAACAAUUGGCAGCAUCAUCAUGAUUAUUGGUGCUAUUAUGCAGUGCGAAAGCCAGGCCUUUGCCAUGUUUGUCGUCAGCAGAUUCAUUCUUGGAUUUGGUCUGUCAUUCGCCACCACCUCUUCCCCCAGCCUUGUCAGUGAAUUGUCUCAUCCCAAAGACCGGGUCACAGUUACAGCUAUCUGCAACACUUGUUGGUUCCUUGGUAGCAUCGUUGCCGCCUGGAUUACAUAUGGCACGCGAACAAUCCCCAGCACCUGGUCUUGGAGGAUUCCCUCCCUCCUUCAGAUGGCCCCUAGCCUUGUUCAACUCUCAGCGGUCUGGUUUCUACCGGAGUCACCACGAUGGCUUAUCUCCAAGGAUCGGGACAACGAGGCACUGGCGGCAUUAGCACGCUAUCAUGGCGAGGGUGAAGAGACGGAACUAGUCAGACUGGAAUACCAGGAGAUUCGGGCUGCGAUCGACAACGAAAAGUUGUCUGGCAACACUACCUGGGCUUCUAUGGUCAGGACGAAGGGGAAUCGAUACCGCAUAUUCUUGGUUGUCUGCAUGGGUUUUAUGAGUCAAUGGUCAGGAAAUGGUCUUAUCUCAUAUUACCUGUCUCGUGUGAUGGACUCCGUCGGUAUCAAGAGCAAGAAGACACAGGCCCUGGUGAAUGGGCUACUGAAUAUCUGGAACUGGCUUCUUGCUUUGACCAGCGCUUUCUUUGUCGAGAGACUUGGUCGUCGGCCUUUGUUCCGAAUCUCCACAAUAGGCAUGAUGAUUGUCUUCACUGGUUGGACGAUCGCUUCCGCCCGCUUCGCUGAGACUUCGGCCAGCUCUGCCGGCAUUGCAGUGAUGGCAUUGAUUUUUGUCUACGAGAUCUUUUACUGCAUCGCUUUCUCGCCGUUGCCAGUGGCAUAUUCCGUUGAAGUACUCCCCUUCUCCAUUCGUGCAAAAGGCAUGGCAACGUAUGUUUUCUCGACGAAGGCAGCUGUGUUCGUCAACCAAUACGUCAACCCCAUUGGGCUUCAGGAUAUUGGUUGGAGGUUCUAUAUUGUCUAUGUCGCCAUCUUGGCUGUCGAAAGCUUCAUUGCAUACGGGUGGUUCCUUGAAACGAAGGGCAAAGCUUUGGAGGAGAUUGCAGUCAUUUUCGAUGGAGAGCAGGCCGAUGUCAGGGCUGAGGCUGUCGGUGCGAAAACAGAGAUGAUGCCAGCGAGUGUGGAAGAAACGGAGCACGCGCACAGAAAAGUGUAA